AGGGGAAUGGAGCGCGUGCAGGGUUAUACGUGCUCAGACAAGUGCGUUUAACUCCCCGUGAAUUCCUCCAACACUCACACAGCGCCUAAUCUGCAAUAUUUCCAAAUGUUUCUGUAGAUUUCCUUAUUUCGGAUUUACCAUUUUGAACCACUCGCCAUCUAAAAGGACAUGCAACUUUGGGAGCGCCUGGCAACCAGUCGGAUGGUUUAAUUAACGCGUGAGAGGAAGGAAUACGAGGAAGAAUGGCUUCCAAAGACAGACUGUAUGAGCUGUGGAUGUUAUACUACACUAAGAAAGAUGUCGGUUACCUGCAGCAGUGGUUGGAGGCGUUCGUGGCGACUUUUGAGAAGGUCAUUGAUGUGCAAUCAACGGAGCCAAGACGGCUGGAGGAAUGGAGCGCCGAUGUGCCUCUUCUCCCUAAGGAGGUACUGGUGUUCCUCAGCACCCAGCUAUGGCACAGCGCUCUCCACCUGUCGGGACAGAACCAAAACAGCACUGCUCCACAUCCUCUGCUCCUCAUCAAGUUCUUCAUCAUCAUAUGCAGGAAUAUGGAGAAUAUUGACUCGGAAAAGACCCCUGGGUUUGUGUUCGAGACAAUCAAGGUCCUAAACUUCUGUUUGACACAGCUAAAGAAGGAGCCAGAGGAUCAGACCACUUUAAAGUCAGUGGUACAGCAUGGCCUGCUGCUUUGUGAAAAUCUCUUUGACCCUUAUCAGACAUGGAGGAGACGGCAGGCGGGAGAAGAGGUCAGUAUGCUGGAGAGAAGCAAGUAUAAAUUCUCGCCUCUUAUUCUACCAGAGGAACUUCCUGUGCUCUUCCACGACAGCCUGCAGGAGAGUCAUCUCAUCCCAGAGCCCCUGGCGCUGAGGCUGGUACAUCUACAAGGGGCCGUGAUCAGUGGAAGCAAGAGAAACGGCCUUCUUUCCAUCACCCCUCAGGCUGUGGAUGACCUCAUAUCUGUGCUGCGUUCCUGGUGCCUGCAUCCUCCGCCGCCCUCGGAAGAGCCCAGAGACCCCGGGCUGCUCAAAAUGACUCUAAGGUGCCUGACUGCCAUGAUCCACCUGCUGCACUCCAGCAGCCCAUCAGAGAGGCAGGUUGAGAUCCGGACCGUGCUGGAAAGCUACUUUCAGCUGCUCAACUGGAACCGACCACCAGUAAGCGAGCAGGAAGACAUUCUGGCCUGGGAGGAUAAUCUCAUCAUCCUGCUUGAACAUAUGCUGAAUGCUAUUCCUGAAAUCUUGCAGUGCUCAGAUCGUCCAGUGCUACAAGCAAUUUUUCUCAACAACAACUGCUUUGAGCACAUCCUCCGCCUCAUCCAAAACAGCAAGCUCUAUCAGAGCAGCAGGUUUAGGGUGGAGUGUGAGGGUCAGCGUGACCUCACCACACGUUUGCUCACAGAGGCAGAAGUCGAGCAGGUGUGGGAGAAGGGAUCUGACUGCAUCACGGUACACGCCAUCCGUGUCCUCACCGCCAUUAUGAGCAACUCGCCCUCUGCCAAGGAGGUCUUUAAGGAGCGGAUUGGUUACUCGCAGCUGUUCGAUGUGUUGAAAAGUCAAGGACAGCCUACCAAGAGACUUCUGCAGGAGUUGAUGAACAUGGCCGUGGAGGGUGAACAUUCACAGGCCAUGCAGUUGGGUAUCAGUAAUGAACAGCCGUUGCUUCUGCUGCUACAGUGGAUGCCUGAUCUGGGUUCUCGAUCCCUUCAGCUGCUGGUGUCUCAGUGGCUGGCCGCCGUGUGUCGAGGGACUCUGUCCUGCCGUACCGUAGCGGCUGAGGCGGGUUUGGUGGGCGCUCUGUUAGAGGUUCUGAGUGAAGCUCCUGAGCGCUUGGACAGGCAGUGUGCGGACGCCCUUCUGGGCCUGCUGCAAGACUUGGGCUCGCUAUCUCUGCGGCCCUGCGAGCUUAAGAGUCUGCUGAGGCUCUUACGAACCGAACCCGGCGGGCCCCCUCACCCAUACUGCGGGCGCGUGGUGAGGGUGCUGUCCGCCAUGGCCGCCCGUGGAGAAGGCGCGUGCAGCGCCUUGCAGUAUUUUGACCUUACGCCCCCUAUGGCGGGUAUUAUGGUGCCAGCUAUCCAACGCUGGCUGGGAAACGCAUUUGCUUUUCAUGCCUGGCUGUGCCUUAAUACGGACUUUCCGCCACCCCAGCACCACUACUCAGAAUCCCACCUGACAAAUCCGGAUAAUACUGUUCGCAUGGCUAAGGGUCCACGCAGGAAACAGCUGUACAGUUUCUUCACCGCAAGUGGAACUGGCUUCGAGGCUUUUUUUACAACAGAGGGAGUUUUGGUGGUGGCAGUAUGUACCAAAAAGGAGUACAUGGCCGUAUCUCUGCCGGACAACCCACUGAAUGACUGCGCCUGGCACUCAGUAGCCAUAGUUCACGUUCCUGGCCGUCGGCCCUUUGGACAAAACAUGGUCACUGUUUAUGUGGAUGGAGUCCAGUGUAAGACAGCCCCCCUGCGUUUUCCUUCCCUAAAUGAGCCUUUCACUUCCUGCUGCAUCGGGUCAGCUGGUCACCGCACCACUACCACCUCCACCUCUCCAACCCUGCCCAACCCACCACACUCGCCCUCUGAACUGGCGUUUACCAGUCACAGCGGACCUCCCGCUCUCGCGCGCUCCCAGUCCUUCCCUGCGUCCUUUGCAGCGGCCACUGGGGGGCGGGCGGUCAUGGGACGGGAAAUUAUGGUCCACACUAUACCUGCGGGGCUGCAGGACACUGCGUGGGGAUCUCCCUCAUCGCUGGGCGGCCUUUUGGCAACAGCGUUCAUCUGUCAUGAAGCUCUGCAACCUGCUCAGGCACGAGCACUGUUCAAUGCAGGUCCCAAUAAUGUCUCUCUGUUUAAAGCUGAUGGAGAGCCUUCAGAUGUCAACAGUAAACUUGUGUUAUAUUAUACACCUCAGGCCUUUAAGAAUCAGAUCUGCUUGGAUCUAUCACCCAACCACCUGUACGAUGGCAGGCUGACUGGUCACAGGGUGGUGAACUGGGACGUCAAGGAUGUGCUGAGCUCAGUGGGUGGAAUGGGAGCUCUGUUGCCUCUUUUGGAGCAGGUGUGUUUACUGGAGCAGAGGGAGACUGGAGGACAGGAGAUUUCGGAUCUUCUUGGGCCAGAGCUCACCUCCUCCAGAGGACCUGCCGGCAUGCUGCUGCCACUGGGGAAGACGUCUGAGGGGCGUUUGGAGAAAAACAGCGUGGCUGCAUUUCUGCUGAUGAUUAAAAACAUGCUGCGCAACCAUCCAGCCAAUCAGGAGAGUCUGCUCGAGUGCCAUGGGCCACCCAUCAUCGGAGCCAUGCUCAGCAAGGUCCCCAGCAGUAUGAUGGACAUGAGUGUAUUGAUGGCCACUCAGUUCUUGCUCAAGCAGGUGUCCAAUGAGGGCAACAACGCCUUGCUGUCACAACUCUAUCAGUACCUGCUGUUUGACUUCAGGAUCUGGACCCAUAGCCACUUCGCUGUCUGUCUGGGUCAUGUGCAGUACCUAAGCACUGUCAUCAAUGAGGGCAAGCUGAAGACUCGCAGGAAGUAUGGCGUUCAGUACAUCCUGGACUCCAUUCGAACACACUACAGUACGGAGAAGGAUGGCAGUCCUCUGUCUGAUGAGAGGAGGACGGUUCAAAUCGCUCUUUUCUCUCUGUUGAAGGAUCUUCUCAAAUCUCCAACUGCUGAGGAGCUUCACAGUGUUUUAGCAUAUGCCACUGUAGUGCAGGAUGAACAACAGGUGAUAAGUGUUUUGGAUGUGUUACACACUGUAUUGAAGAGUUCUCCUCCACGUGAGCAGAUAGUGACUGUUUUUCUGGACCGAGGGGUGGAGCAGCUUUACUGUCUACUGCUCAAACCCAACUUUGGUGACGAAGCUCGUGAGAGAGUAUUUAGGAUAAUGUAUAAAGUCCUAAAAAGUGAGCGUGUACCCGACCGCAGUAAACAGCGCAUGAAACUUAAGGAUCCUGGCUACCUUGGCCUGGUCUGCUCAUUACGAGACAUCCCCAUCACCAUGACAACCAUACGCUGCCUGUAUGAGCAGGUGAUCGCCACAGAUCACCCACCUAACUUCAGAGAUCUGUUGGCUGUGGCGUACCUGUCCCAACGCGCUGACCUCAGUGUUCGACUGGAUAUCUGUCGCAAGCUCUUCAACCUGAUCUACACUGAGAGUAAGAUCAUCGAAGAGCACGUAAAGCAGAUCGCACGUCAGCCAGGAUGGCAGGAUAUUCUCACCAAACUCUACAUCAAAGAAUCUUACGAGUCUCGCCUCCGUAGCGAAUCAAAUUCCAUGUGUAGCCCUCCCAUCUCUCUGGACCCAGCUCUAUCCAGACCCGUCUUCCGUCGCCAGGACAGCGUGAACGAGGAUUCGCGACAAAACGUCUACAUCUCCCUCACCACCCAUCGUGACGAAGAGGAAGAGGAGGAUGAAGCUCGGUAUUCGUCCGAGAGUUACUCUAGCCUCUCCCAGUCUCCCCCUUCAACUGGCCAGCUGAAGAACAACGGCUCCCACUUCAAAUCGAUUGACUCUAUGGAUCAACGCAGUCAUUCGUCUUCACUGUCCAAUACUGUGGACUUUUCAUCUACAUCCUGCUUGCUGGAAGAGGAUGAGAGCGCGUAUCAGCCACUCUCGCCCUUCAGCUCACCCUUUGAGCUGGAAGUCAGCGCCCAAAAAGGUCCCCAGACCCCUGUGGGAAGCCAGACAGAAUCUCCUUUGGACCAGAUCAAGCCCUUUUCUGGAUCAAGACCACGCAAGAGCUCCAGCCUAUCCAAUGUUUUGGACGACACGAGCUACGGCAAUGAACCUCCUACUGACACCAUCUCAAACACGUCCAACCCACAGGCUCCGGAGGAGGAGUUGUGUAAUCUGCUGACAAACAUAGUUUUCUCUGUGCUUUGGAGUGGCACUGAUGGGUCUGAGGAUGUGAUCUGGAGAGAAAGGGGUCAGGUCUUCUCCGUCCUCACUAAGCUUGGGUCAUCAUGCCAAUUGGUGCGGCCACCUGAUGAGAUCAAACGCAGUCUGUUGGAGAUGAUGCUGGAAUCAUCUCUGUCAGAUCUGAGGGACUCUCAGGGCGUGUCCUUGCCACAUGUGCCUUCUUUGCUCCGCCUCCUCAGACUGCUCCAGGAUUUCCUAUUCGCUGAGGGAACUGCUAAUCAAACACUAUGGAGUGAAAAGAUCUUUGAAGGGGUGGUGAAUCUGUUGGACAGGCUGCAAGCGUGGCACACGACCCCAGGGACCGCAGGGGCCGCUGAGCUCAAAGAGAUGUCCCUGAUCGGCCUGCGCAUUAUCACCGGAUACAUUCAGCAACAGCAAAAUUCACAGGUGUGUGAGAUGGCUUGUGUAAAGCUCCACAGUUUGUUACAGACCGUGCUGUGUCUGUCCUGGGAGGAGGUUUGUUUUCUUCUGGGUCGUCUUGGUGCUCCGCUGAAGCCCUCGACCCCAGGUUCCAGCCCUGGAAACGAGGCACUGCUCGGCCCACUGGUACCCGUCGUCCGAGCGCUUUUGGAUCAGCAUGCGGAUCGCAACACGCUUCAAGCGAUGCUUCCCAAUCUGCCCCCCACCAACGGGAGCCCCUCCUUCGCCCAAGAUCUCCACAACUACUGCAGCAUCGACGAGUGGCAACACUUCUACCAGAACGACGUGGAGCCCACUAUGCAGCAAUAUGAGCUAGACACUUUUGGGAAGAGUCAUGACCUGAUGUCUAACUUCUGGAACUCCUGUUUUGAUGACCUCAUGAGCACAGCCCAGAGAAGAGACAAGGAGCGGGCCGACUGCAAAAACAAGUUUCAGGAGCUCAUCAUUGAGCCGUACCUGAAGCGUGUGCGCAGUGAGAACAGCCGAUAUCAGAAUGUGCAGAAGAUGCUCAACGGCCAGCAGGUGGUGGUGUGGAGACACUGGAAGUCUCUGUACAGAUUACUCAGCAGUGAAAGAGGAGCCUGGGCCCUCAGGGUUCAGCCAGAGGUGAGGUGGAAACUGUCGAGUGCAGAGACGUACUCUAAAAUGCGUCUGAAGCUGGUGCCCAACUACAACUUCGAUUCACACGCCGAUGCCAGCGCACUGCGAGAUAACAUGGGAGCUGAUAGUCCUCGCAGCUCGGCAGAGCCUCUCCCCCUAGCUGUUGCCAAGGAAGCCAAAGUCAGUGACAUGGAAGAUGACAAAUUAGAAGAUGACGAGGACUUCGACCAGGCAGAGGAGGGCGAGGAGGAGAGUCAGAAAGAAAAGCUGGUGCUCUCAGAGGAGUGUGAGCUCAUCACUAUUGUUGCCGUGAUACCGGGUCGUCUGGAGGUCACCACACAUCACCUGUACUUCUAUGAUGGCAGCAGUGAGAAAGAGGAGACGGAGGAAGGUAUAGGGUUUGAUUUCAAGAGGCCAUUGGCACAGUUAAGAGAGGUCCACCUGAGGCGCUACAACCUGCGGAGAUCAGCUCUCGAGCUCUUCUUCAUUGACCAGGCACACUACUUCAUCAACUUCAUGAAGGGGGUACGAAACAAAGUCUACUCCAGAAUUUUGGGUCUCAGACCACCUAACCUGUUCUACUUCGGGUCUCGCUCUCCUCAGGAGCUACUGAAAGCCUCCAAUCUUACUCAGAGAUGGGUUUGCAGAGAGAUUUCCAAUUUUGAGUACCUGAUGCAGCUCAACACCAUUGCUGGUCGCACAUACAAUGAUUUGUCCCAGUACCCAGUGUUUCCAUGGGUGUUAUGUGACUACACGUCUCCUGAAUUGGAUCUGGAGGACCCGGCAGUUUUCAGAGAUCUGUCCAAACCCAUAGGUGUUGUCAACCCUCGACAUGCACAGAACGUCAGGGAGAAGUAUGAGAGUUUUGAGGACUCUACAGGCACUAUUGAUAAGUUUCACUAUGGCACACACUACUCUAAUGCUGCCGGGGUCAUGCACUACAUGAUCCGCACUGAGCCAUUCACCUCAUUACAUAUACAACUGCAGAGCGGCAAGUUUGAUUGUGCUGAUAGGCAGUUUCAUUCGGUAGCAGCAGCGUGGCAGGCCCGUAUGGAGAGUCCAGCUGACGUGAAGGAGCUCAUCCCUGAGUUUUUCUACUUCCCAGAGUUCCUGCAGAACUUGAAUGAGUUUGAUCUGGGCAGUCUUCAGAUGAGUCAUGAGAAGGUAAACGAUGUGUUGCUUCCAGCCUGGGCAUCUUCACGUGAAGACUUUAUCAGAAAACAUCGCAAAGCCUUGGAAAGCGAGCAUGUGUCCGCUCACUUGCAUGAAUGGAUCGAUCUGAUCUUUGGUUAUAAGCAGCGUGGACCCGAUGCUGUUGAAGCUCUGAAUGUCUUCUACUACUGCACAUAUGAGGGUGCAGUGGAUCUGGACGCCAUAGCUAAUGAAACAGAGCGAAAGGCCCUUGAAGGCAUCAUCAGUAACUUUGGCCAGACGCCCUGUCAGCUUCUCAAGGAGCCCCACCCUCCUCGUAUGUCAGCUGAGAAUGCGUUCAGGCGACAGUCCCGUCUCGAAGUGUUACCCCCCAAUCUUUUCGACCAGCUUGACAAGCUGCGAUCUUUUAAGGAGGUGGUGAGUGAUGGUGUGCCACUGGUACAAGCUGUAGUUCCCAGAUAUCAAACCCGGUCCUUCAUCAUUCCAGGCUCUGAUAUACUGGUUACAGUGUGUGCUAAUGGUAUGAUAGGCACUCAUAGCUGGCUGCCUUACGACAAGAACAUCGCCAAUUACUUCACAUUUAACAGAGACUCCACUAUGACCAACCCAAAGACCCAGCGGUUCCUCAGCGGGCCGUUCUCCCCAGGGGUGGAGAUUGGAUCCCAGGUGCUGGUGGUGUCCAGUGACGGACGUCUGUUGUUCAGCGGGGGGCACUGGGACUGCAGCCUGAGGGUCACUAUGUUAGCCAAGGCCAAGCUGGUGGGCAGGAUCUGUCGUCACACAGAUGUGGUCACAUGCCUGGCUUUGGAUCUGUGUGGUAUCCACCUCAUCUCUGGCUCACGGGACACCACCUGCAUGGUUUGGCAGGUCCUACAGCAGGGUGGUUUCUCUAGUGGCCUGUCUCCACGGCCGGUGCAGGUGCUCUGUGGACACGACCAGGAGGUCACGUGUGUUGCUAUCAGCACUGAGUUAGAUAUGGCAAUCUCGGGGUCAAAGGAUGGCACAGUAGUCGUACACAGCAUACGGCGUGGACAGUACCUGCGGACCCUGAGACCGCCUUGUGAGGGAUGCAUUCCUGCGCCUCUUGCUCACAUGGAGGUUGGCAUGGGCGGACACAUAGUGGCACAGACUGUUAUGGAGGGACGCUCAGCUGGAAAGGAGAAGUAUGCACUGCAUGUGUAUUCAGUGAAUGGUACUCUGUUAGCGUCUGCGACCUUAGAUGAAAAGAUUACAGCCGUGCACCUGGUGCCUGACUACCUCAUUGUGGGCACACAGCAGGGGAACCUUCACAUUCGAGACUUAUACAGCUUAAAUCCGGCUGCGGGACCCUUGGCACUGAAGAUCCCUGUGCGGUGUGUAUCUGUCACGAAAGAGAGCAGUCAUAUUCUGGUGGGUCUGGAGGAUGGCAAACUUAUAGUGGUGGGAGCAGGAAAACCAGAGCAGGUUCGGUCUUCGGUUUCCCGUCGGCUGUGGGGCUCCACACGCAGAAUUUCUCAGGUGUCUUCAGGAGAGACGGAGUACAACCCUGGUGAGCCUGUCGGAAAGUAACCGCGCCAUGCGCUCUCCACGUGCCUUCAGCACAAAAAACCUUUACCUGCAAAAGAGACUUCGCUCUGUGUCACCCGUCACUCAGCGCUAAUGGAGAAACGCUGUCCACACAGAGAGCUUGGGAACAAGAGAGCAUAAAGGGAAAAUCCUGAGAAGGGAAUACGAUUUUUUUUUUAAUGCAAUGAUUUAUACUGCUUUUAAAAAACGAACAUUCCAAAGAUUCGAAUUAAGCCGUCAAUUUCAGACUCUGUGAAUGUUGAGAGCCUGUCGUCAAGGUUGCACGGCUGAACUUUGACUUUUUAAAAGCAGUAAGUUGUGUCCUGUGAAUCACAGACUGGCUGAUGCCCAAGGCACUGUAUCUCAGUGGUGAACUGUCAGUCACCGGGUGACAAAAGUUCAUCACCUGAGUAUUUCUUUUUAUAUAUAUGCUGAUUUUUGCAUUGCUGGCCACUGUAUGGUCAGCGGUGCAUUGCUGGUACUCUGGUCUGACACUUGAAAAUGUUCUGGGUAUUGCUUGCAAAUUCUUAAAGAAAUGCAAUUCUUCUUGCACCUGAAUUGAAGCGCUUUUCACUUUCGAUGCGGUUUGAGCCUUGCUAAGUCUUUAGACUUGAUUCAGUACCUCUGGUGCCUUAAAGCAUGUAUUUGUAAAUGGGCAGUUUUUUUAUAACACAAAUUUUUUGGUCUUGCUGAUAUAUUGGUGCACCUGUUUGUUUUUGUGCAUUGUGUGAAUCUUUGCUAUCCUGUUAUAUAAAGGAAGUGCCUUUCACUGAGGGAUUAACACAAAGUCCUCACGGUCACUGAAAUCAAAGAAAUUUUGAUAACAUUGCUUUCCAAGACGGCGAUUGAAUAUGUUUGUUCUUCUACCGCAAGAUGAAGCGAUUUUAUCUGCUUUGGGCUUAUUUUUUUAUGCAGAGUCCAUUUCCGCUGGCAUUUGCAAGGUUUUACACAUCCUCUGCCUCUUGCAUGUGUAUUUAUUAAAUGUUUCGGCUUGUUAUUGAUUAUGCUUCUCGCCAAGUGACUUGGAUUUAUUUAGCCCAUUUUACGAUCCCCAAUUCCAUUCUGCAGAUUUUCCUCUAAAAUCAGCAGAGAAAAUGUAAUAAACGUCAGCAGAUUUCAUCAGUUCAUAAUGGUUUCGGCACUUUGGCGCUUUACAUGCAAAUAAAUGCACUCAUUUGCAGAAAACCUGAAGCCUGAUCUAGAAUCCAUCAGUGCCCUUUUAAAAUUUCAGCACUUGUUGUACUAUCUGUCAAUCAUUUAGCCGCUUUAACUACACUUAAGUGCCUCAACUGUGUCCUUCAUUUUAAUCAUGAACUAUUUGUAAUAUGUGAAACAUACACCAGCUUGACUUAAUUGUCCCGUGAACGUGUCUGUCGGCUGGGGCCACAAUUCUGUCUGUGUUACCAUUGGAAUUUCGUGUCUGGAUCUUUUUUAUUAUAUUUUAUUGAUGCACUGAAUGCUUUGAAGGCUGGCAUGUGUGCGUUUGGUGUCUGCGAGACACAUGGGAGAGGACACAUUUUGCUGGCUUGACUGGACUGGAUGUGUUAAAUCCGCUGCUCUGCUCUGGAUAGCAAAGCAGAAACACAUCGGCCAGUAGCUAAGGUUUGAAACUGCGCUCUUUAUCACUGUAUAGUCAAACACUGCCACUUGAGAAACUAUUACUGUACAUUUGUGUAGUAGCGUAUUGGGGAGCAUUCUUGAAAAUUAUGCAUUGUGUUUCACUGUACUUCCCAUAUUACUUUGCUACACAUGCUACACUUGCACAAUGUUUGUUUGUUGUUUGGGUUUUUUGGUGAUUUUUCUUGGAAAACGAAUUUUGCCGUUUGGUUUGUUUGGAAACUGAAGCCAUAGGAGAUGAAAUCCUUUUUAUUAUCCGCUUGUAAAUGAAUGAAUCACUCCGAGAGUGCUGUUAAACAGGAACAUUUCUGUUUUGAUAACUGUCAGCUUCGAAAGAGAUGUAAAAAGCCAGCCUAUAUUGAACAUAUCUUCUGCUCAACUCUGUUUCACAUCCCUCCUGUUUGUGUGAGUGGUGCAGUUGUGUACAUUUAUAUUGUUUCUUUUAAAUAAAUAUAUUAGUCUAUA